AUGAAACGAAGUAUAGAUGUGAUAUGUGAUCCGAACCUUCGGAUGCGAAUUACUCUGAAUAUGGCAGCGACUCAGGAAGUCAGCCCAACAGUUCCUAUUAAUCGUUAUUACCGAAGUCUGAAUGAAAUGUAUCGUGUUGCUGGCUUUUGUAUAAAAGAUAAGGAUUAUGAAAGAGCAUUUAUUUACUAUAUGCGAUUCGUAAGCUUAGCGGUCGAAGGAUUACCGAAGCACAAACAGUACAAUGGCUUUUCAUCGGCUGAAAAAACUAAAGCGGAAGCAGUGCUUCGUGAUGCGUUUGUGAAGGCGGAGUCGUUGAAAGAACAGUUGAAAAAGAUGUAUGAAGAAGAAGCAGUUCUAGCAAAACAAAGUGCGGAGAGGACUGUUGCUGAUAAUGCAGCCUUAAUUCGAAAAAAAGAUGUAUCUUCCAUUCAUGAUAUCGUAACACACAAUCAGCUUCUCGAAAUAACUGGUCACAAGGAAUCAGGUUCUGCGGAUGAUGUGUUCGACAGCAGGAAUCUCGGUCAUAAGGAAGUUGUUGUUGCUGGUGACCUUGUGGAAAAUUUUGUGCGCUUGGCACAAAUUAAUACGAACCGUAAUGUGGAAACAUGUGGAAUUUUAUGUGGCUCACUGAUUGGUGGGGGAGUGUGUCGUAUAACACAUGCCGUGGUACCGAAGCAAACUGGUGCUGCUGAUAGCUGUGAUACACACAACGAAGAGGAAGUAUUUGCAUAUCAAGAUGUCAACAAUCUAAUCACUCUGGGAUGGAUACAUACUCAUCCAUCACAGACAGCGUUUCUUUCUAGUGUCGAUCUUCAUACUCAUUGUUCCUAUCAGCUGAUGUUGUCAGAAGCUAUUGCAAUCGUCGUCGCUCCAAAAUUCAAUGAGGUUGGUAUAUUUCGUUUGUCAGAACGUGGUAUGAAGGAAAUUGGCGGUUGCUGUAAAGCGGGUUUUCAUCCACAUGAAGACUCUACAGCUUUGUUUUUUUAUUGUCAUGAUGUACGUUUCGAAAAUUCGCUAGCAGCAGUUGUUGUUGAUUUACGAUGA